CCCUAACCAACAUAUCUUUUGCUUUAUAUAAAGAAAUUUAGAAAAAAAAAAAAAAGUUAAGGAGGAAACACUGUAUGGAUCCUCUCUCAGAAAUCUUCUCUUUUCACAAAAUCCAAGAAUAUGAUAUUUAUCAUCAGGAGAUUCAGAUCCCUUCUACUCCAUGUCAAUUACCCCAACAAGAUUUGGUCAAGAUUAUUGGCACUAAUUCCUUGCCAAGAAAUGAUACUAUUAAAAAGAAAAGAUCAAGAAGAUUAUUAUCAAGUGUUUCAACAGAGAGUACUAGUAAUGAGACCAUGGAUCAAAACAAGCUCAUCAGAAUAAUUGCACAUAGAGAUGUUGAAAGACAAAGGAGACAAGAAAUGGCUAAUCUUUAUACUUCUCUUAGAUCACAUCUUCCUCUUGAAUUUCUCAAGGGGAAACGUUCGGCAUCAGACCAUUUGGAACAAGCGAUGAAUUACAUCCAACACCUUGAGAAUAGUAUUAAUGAUUUGGAAAAAAAGAGAGACAAGCUGAAACUUUUGGCCCAUUAUUCCAACAGGGAGGAUAAGGAAAGCAUCCAUAAAUAUAAUUUAGACGAGUAUUUGACAGUGAAUCCUUGUCAAGAUGGUGUGGAGAUUUUGAUCAUAAAAAAGUUUGGAAAAGAAGGGCUUCCUCUUUCAAAAGUGGUUGAAGAACUCGUGAAGAGAAAAUUAAAUGUUGUUACUUGUGUUUCUACUAAAGUAGAUGAAACAUCCCUCCACAAAAUUCAGGUUGAGGUCACUGAUGUUUCAUGCAUGGAUGUAUCUACACUUGAAGAAAAGCUAGCCGAAAUGAUCCUUAAUUUGUCUUAAAUGGAGGUUCAUGAGUAAUGGUGACAAUGUUGAGUAUAAGGAGAGGUAGAGAUAGACUGAAUAAGUAUUGAGAAGAGGUGAUUACACAAGAUAUAUGGAUUAUUUUUAGCUUACCGAGAACAUGACUCUUGAUAGGAUAAAAAUCGAGAAUUAGGGUAAAAGAUUAAUAGGUAAUCGAGCGUAUUUCUUUUUCAUACAGUAGUAUUAGUAUUAUUCUCGUAUUUUCUUAUUUUUAGAUUUUUAUUACUACCAGUUGUUUCUUUUGC